AUGUUAUUCCGCAACAUUUUGUCAAUGAAAACGGCAUCUUUUGUUCUGCAGAGGAGGCUGUCUUCAAUGUUAAUAAAUAAUCCACAAUAUGGGUUCUUAAAAGAACUUGGACUAACUGAAGAAUCAUGCGGUGUUUUUGACGGCUCCUGGAAGGGUAGUGGGCCACUGUUGGAAUCUAUUUGCCCGGCAAAUGGUCAAAUAAUCGCUAAGGUGAGAACAGGUAAUGAUAAUAACUCACAAAGUGCUUUUGAAGAGUGGUCUGAAGUACCCGGCCCGCGGCGAGGUGAAAUAGUUCGUCAAAUUGGCCUAGCACUUCGCGAACAGCGCGACAACUUGGGGAAACUCGUAUCGUUAGAGAUGGGCAAAAUUUUAGCUGAAGGGAAAGGGGAAGUUCAGGAAUUUAUUGAUAUAUGCGACUUUGCAUUGGGACUCUCUCGUUCCUUUGCUGGACAGAUAUUCCCAUCUGAGAGACCGGGUCAUGUACUUUUGGAACAAUGGAAUCCGCUAGGGAUAAUUGGCGUUAUUUCUGCAUUUAAUUUCCCUUGCGCAGUAUACGGAUGGAAUAGUGCGAUAGCAUUGGUCUGUGGUAAUUCGGUAGUCUGGAAGCCAGCUUCUACAACUCCGUUAAUAGCUGUAGCCGUCACCAAACUCAUCCAAAAGGUACUCAAGGAAAAUAAAAUAAAUGAAGGCCUUUGUUCGCUCAUGGUCGGUGGAGCAGGAAGGAAGCUUCCAGCCGAUCCCUUAGUCAAGCUCGUUUCAUUCACUGGUUCAACUGAAGUCGGUUUUGGUGUUGCUGAACAACUCGGCAAGCGUUUUGCCAAGAUGAUCUUAGAACUAGGUGGGAAUAAUGCAAUAAUCGUAAAUGAAGAUGCAGAUUUAAAUAUGGUUAUUCCGGCUACAGUUUUUGCUGCAGUUGGCACUACGGGUCAGAGAUGUACAACAACCCGGCGUCUUUUAGUCCAUGAAAAAGUCCUUGUAAGCAGAAUGAAGAGAGCAUACGCACAAAUUGAGAGUCGUAUUGGUGACCCCUUAGAUACAAAUACUCUUGUUGGACCGAUGCACACUAAAGAGAGUGUAAAGGACUAUGAGGAUGCAGUUGCAGAAGCGAUUUCAUCAGGUGCCAAAGUCGCUUACGGAGGAAAGACACUGACAGACCGACCAGGUUACUACGUUCUGCCAACGUUAGUUACUGAUAUUAAACAUAAUGCCCCAAUUGUUCAUCGAGAAACGUUUGCGCCAAUACUGUACAUUAUAAAAGUGAAGAAUCUGGAGGAAGCAAUCAAAAUUAAUAACGAGGUCCCACAAGGUUUAUCAAGCUCACUGUUCACUCAGAAUCUUCAAAAUGCGAUGAAAUGGAUUGGACCGAAAGGAAGCGAUUGUGGCAUUGUAAAUGUGAAUAUCCCAACGUCCGGAGCAGAAAUCGGAGGAGCGUUUGGUGGCGAAAAAGAAACUGGAGUAGGACGUGAGUCGGGGUCUGAUUCAUGGAAGCAAUAUAUGCGCAGAUCGACCUGCACGAUAAAUUACAGUAAAGCCUUACCUUUAGCGCAAGGUAUUAAGUUUGAAUAA